GUAGUUUAAAUUAAUUCAUGAAUGAAUGUAUCGAACCGAUGUUUUUUCGCAUAGACCGAUGAUUUUUUCAUAAAUUUCAUGCGAUGGCAUCAAAAUGCUGUGGACUGCGAUUAACGAAGACAUUUCUUUAUGUAUUUCAAAUAAUAUUUUUGUUUACAGGAUUGGCGAUAUGUGCAUUUGGAGCUUGGAAAUUUAUACUGACUUACCACUUGUUACGAGUCUUGGAUAAUCAUACCUUCUCGACGGCGUUUUAUUUGUUUAUAGCUACGGGUUUUCUAGUCAUUUUUGUGUUCUUUUUAGGAUGCUGCGCAAUACCAAAACAUUGGACUAAACUAUUAUUUUGUUAUAUAAUAUUACUGUUGCUGAUAUUUUUAUUUGAAAUUUUAAUUGGAGUGCUGGCGUAUAUCUUCCAGGAAAAUAUUGAAGACGAUCUGAAUCUUAAUUUUAAUAAAACUAUACUUAAUACGUAUAAAUUCGAUGAAAGUAAAACGACAUCUAUUGACUAUGUUCAAGAAAAGUUGCAUUGUUGUGGUGCUGUAACAUUCAUGGAUUGGCAACAUAGUGCAUGGGUACUUAAUGAUACAGUAUCUAACAAAGUGCCUGAUUCUUGUUGUAAAACUAUAACUGAAGGAUGUGGAUUAAGAGAUCAUCCUUCGAAUAUAAAUCUAGAGGGUUGCAUAAAUUUCAUAGUAGAGAAAAUACGAAUUAAUUUUUGGUUGAUAUUUUUAGCUGCUUUAGGAAUAUGUGUAUUUCAUCUCAUAGGUGUUAUAAUUGGAAUAGUUUUAUUCAUUCAAUUAGAAUCAGGUAAAUACGAUGCGGAAUACAGCCCCAGAAAUGGAGGGACAGAAGCAUUACUGUCCGAAAAUACACAACACCACUUAUAAAAAUCGUAAUAUAGUAUCAAUUUUUUUUUAAUGUUUGUAUAACUAUUUGUUGAUUGUUAUUUAUCUAUAAUACUGGUAGUGUAAUUAGUAAUUCAAAUUAUCAGGUAUUUAUUAAAAGACAAUUAAAUAUAUUGUGUAUAUCUUUAGUAGCAUUUGAAUUAUGAAAAUUUCCACGGUUUAUUUGAUUUAACUCGUUUUAUACAUUAAAAAUUAAGAAUAAAAAAUUCUUUUCUUGUGUACUAAUAAACAACA